AUGUUCAGCUCCAUUUUGAGAUUUGGUGCUCUCUCUAAUUCACGAACAGCACAGAUGACAUUUUCCAAAUCAACCCAAAACCAUGCUCAGUACAGAGAACAGGUUGAAGCACAACUGAGGGAAAAUUGGGACCGUCUGGAGUCUUUGACACACGAAGGAUCUCAGGUUACUUUCGAAGUGGACCCAAGACAAACGCCCAAACAGGAUCCGGAUCUGAAGAUAUUUUUUUUCGAUAUCGACAACUGUCUCUACAAAAGAUCCACCAAAAUUCACGAUUUAAUGCAAGUGUCUAUUCAUGAUUAUUUUGUUAGCGAGCUCAAACUCGAUGACAACGCAGCUCGCACACUGCAUCAUAGCUACUACAGAGAGUACGGGCUUGCAAUUCGCGGGCUCGUGAAGCACCACGAUAUACAUGCUCUCGAAUACAAUAAAAUGGUAGACGACGCUCUACCACUUCACGACAUAUUAAAACCUGAUCCCGCUCUGAGGGCAAUGCUGAAAAGACUCAGAAGCUCCAAAACGGUCGACAAAAUGUGGCUUUUCACCAACGCCUAUAAGAACCACGGAUUACGGUGCGUAAGGCUUCUUGGAAUAGCAGAUUUGUUUGACGGGAUCACUUACUGCGACUACUCGCAACGGUACAAUCUAAUUUGCAAACCAGACCCACGGGCGUUUGAACGAGCAAAGGUGCAGAGCGGUCUGGGUAAUUAUGGCAACGCCUGGUUCGUGGACGACAGCGGCAGCAACAUUCAGACCGGUAUCUCCUUGGGGUUCAAAAAAUGCAUACAUCUGAUAGAAGAAGAAGUGGACGAGAUGCUGGGCAAAAAUCCUCCUGGUUCUUUGAUCAUCAAGACUAUUGAGGAUUUGCCCGAGGCUGCUCCGGAACUAUUUCCAUAA